GAGAGGAACCAUUGGCCAGCAACGGGACCUAUGUGGAGUUUAUUCUCUCUGAAGAAGACAACCCAAAUAACUGGGGAGCUAAAAUCGUGUCCAGUCAGGCCGAGACGAUUACCGUUGACAUAUUCACCCCCUCCACCUGCCUUAUAGCCAAAUGGGCCUUUAGGGUCAUCGUGGUGAAGAAAGAGAACACGGACGUCAGCGUGUACAAAUACAAUCACAAGAACCCUAUCUAUAUCUUGUUCAACCCUUGGUGUAAAGACGAUCUUGUUUACUUGGAAGACGAGAACCUUCUCAACGAGUACAUUCUGAACGAGUCUGGGAAGAUCUACACUGGGUCAUCCACGAGCAUCUCCGGCAGGCCAUGGAACUUUGGUCAGUUCGAGACCUCUAUGUUGGAUGUGGCCAUAUACCUUGUGGAAGAAUCUGGACUGAAAUGGGCCGCACGAGGAAACCCUAUAUGGAUAGGGAGAAGACUGUCUGCUAUGGUGAACGCUCCCGAUGACGGCGGUGUUCUGGAGGGAAGAUGGGAUGGUGAGUACGGUGACGGCACAUCCCCGAUGGCCUGGACAGGUUCUGUGGCUAUCCUAGAGGAGUACUGGAAGACCAAACGUCCGGUCAUGUAUGGUCAGUGCUGGGUGUUUGCUGGUGUGGCUACUACAGUGUGUCGAACCCUGGGUAUUCCCGCUCGCUCUGUGACCAACUACAGCUCUGCCCACGACACCGAUGGCUCCAUCACCGUUGACCAUCAUCUCAAAGCCAACGGCGAAGUGGAUAGAUCUAUCAAGGGAGAUAGUGUUUGGAACUUCCAUGUGUGGACAGAGAUCUGGACAGCCCGCCCAGAUCUUCCCCUUGGAUAUGGUGGAUGGCAAGUCUUGGAUGCAACACCCCAGGAACGAUCAGAUGGAAUCUACAUCUGCGGCCCAGCUUCUGUGUCGGCAAUCAAACAAGGGGACGUGAAUCUGUUGUACGAUGGGCCAUUUGUGUUUGCAGAAGUCAACGGCGACAAGCUUUACUGGCAGCCCGAUGAACGUGGGGUUUUGCAAUGUGUCUACGUCGACAAAAAUGAAAUAGGCCAGCAUAUCAGUACAAAGGCGCCAAACUCUUACGAGAGAGAGGAUCUUACACUCAAAUACAAAUAUGCAGAAGACACUGUGGAAGAAAGGGCAGCAGUGGCCAAGGCUAACCUGGUCGGUUCCACCAGACGUAAUGUGUACACGCCUACAGCUACCGAUGUCCAGUUCAGUGUAGAGCAGGAUUCUAGUCACACCUGGGUGGGCGACACCUUCUUGGUCGGUCUGAGGGUGAAGAACAACAGUCAGCAGAAGCGAUCUGUCAAAGGCAGGAUCUCCGUCAGCGCUAUGUACUACAACGGUGUCAUGGCCGACCAGCUGAAGUCGGAGCCUAAGUUACAGAAAGUAGAGGUCAAGCCGGAUGAGUACGAUGGACAUCUGAAAGAUGAAUGCAUGUUGGAUGUGUCUAUCCUGGCUCAGGUGAAGCAGACCAGGCAGACAUUCGCCAAGAAAGAGGACUUCAUGCUUCGUAAGCCUCACCUCAUUGCCAAGGCGCCAGAGGAGAUUGCCGAGAAUGAGAAGUUCAAGCUGGACGUGUCAUUUACCAAUCCACUCAAUGUAACCUUGACCCUAUGCAGUGUCACAGUGGACGGAAUUGCCGCCCGCCGCAUAUUCAAACAAGAAAAUGUGCUCCCCAAAGGAAAGUUCGCUACAACACUUGUAGUGGAGCCCGACAAGACGGGCCACGGAGACAUCAUCAUUAUCUUCAACUCAAAACAACUACUGGACAUCAAUACUUCAAUCCCCAUCUUUGUUCGGGAAAUCUGA